UUUCACAAAAAUCUUCCUCAUACUCAUAGUUGCACUCUAGCAUACCUCUGUGAUAAACAGCAGAGAAACAACGAUGAAACGAUUCUUUCAACCAAUACAAAAAGAUGGGUCCUUCAAGAAACCCACCCUCGCCCCUGCAGGAAAAGAUGCAGAGAAAACCACAGUAUCAUCACCAGAAUCCAACUCCGUCGAUGCCGAUGAGAAUCAGAAGGAGAGCCGCAAGAAAGACCCAACCAAGUUCUUAACUUGGAACGCUAAUAGCUUUCUGCUACGCAUCAAGAACAACUGGCCUGAGUUCACCAAGUUCGUCGAGACUCUUGAUCCUGACGUCAUUGCCAUUCAGGAAGUCAGGAUGGCUGCGGCUGGUUCCAAGGGUGCACCAAAAAAUCCAAGAGAGAUAAAGGAUGAUACCAAUGCUUCUCGUGAAGAAAAACUGAUAGUGACGCGUGCCUUAUCAAGUCCACCAUUCAAAAAUUAUGAUGUUUGGUGGUCUCUUUCUGAUUCAAAAUAUGCUGGAACCGCUUUGUUUGUCAAAAAGUGUUUCCAACCAAAGAAGGUUUCAUUCUCUCUUGAUGGAACAGGUUCAAAGCAUGAACCAGAUGGUCGAGUAAUUUUGGCUGAAUUUGAGACAUUCCGACUAUUAAACACGUAUGUGCCAAACAAUGGCUGGAAAGAAGAGGAGUCUUCAUUUCCAAGGAGAAGAAAGUGGGAUAAAAGAAUGCUAGAGUUCGUUCUGCAGGCUUCUAACAAACCCCUUAUUUGGUGUGGAGAUCUUAAUGUAAGCCAUGAAGAAAUUGAUGUCAGUCAUCCAGAGUUUUUCGCUGCUGCAAAGCAAAACGGGUAUGUUCCACCAAAUAAAGAGGACUGUGGGCAGCCUGGAUUUACGCUUGCUGAGAGGAGGCGGUUUGGUGCCAUAAUGAAAGAAGGAAAGCUAGUGGAUGCAUACAGACUCCUAAACAAGGAUACAGAUAUGGAAUGUGGCUUCUCAUGGUCCGGAAAUCCAGUUGGGAAGUAUCGCGGGAAGAGGAUGAGAAUAGAUUAUUUCAUUGUGUCGGAGCUACUGAAAGAUAGGAUGAUUUCAUGCAAGAUGCAUGGUCAAGGGAUUGAGUUAAAAGGUUUUUAUGGGAGUGACCAUUGCCCAGUUUCCCUUGAGCUGUCUGAGAAUUAUGUCCCAGAUGCUGACCAACCUCAAACUAGUUAAGGCUUGCUGAUUGCACUUGUAUACUUAGGUUUUUUUUUUUUUUUUUUGCUCACAUCACUUGGGUUACUUCCUCAUCAAACAUUGUCACCAUCAUCCUCUUGAUGAAUUGCACUGCAUUUCUGAUUCAUGUCUCCAGCUAUUAUGCACGAAAUUAAAAUUA